GAUCAUUAAUGGCUAUGGCUAUGACAGGCAAGGGGAUUGAAGAAGCAUUUGAAGAGGCUUAACGCCCCAAAGCAUUGGAUGCUUGACAAACUUGGUGGUGCAUUUGCUCCCAAACCUUCAUCUGGACCUCAUAAGUCGAGGGAAUGCCUUCCGUUGAUCCUUAUUUUGAGGAACCGAUUGAAAUAUGCUCUCACAUACCGUGAGGUAAUUUCAAUUUUAAUGCAACGACAUGUCUUGGUCGAUGGGAAGGUCAGGACAGACAAGACUUUCCCUGCUGGUUUCAUGGAUGUUGUGUCAAUUCCUAAGACAAACGAGAAUUUCCGGCUUCUUUAUGACACAAAGGGACGAUUCCGCCUUCACUCAGUCAGAGAUGAGGAGGCUAAGUUUAAGCUGUGCAAAGUUCGCUCAGUGCAGUUCGGACAAAAGGGCAUCCCAUACCUGAACACUUACGAUGGACGUACAAUCCGUUAUCCCGACCCUCUAAUCAAGGCGAACGACACCAUCAAGCUGGACCUCGACUCCAACAAGAUAGCCGAUUUCAUCAAGUUCGACGUAGGAAACGUUGUGAUGGUGACUGGUGGAAGAAACAGGGGCAGAGUUGGAGUGAUAAAGAACAGGGAGAAGCACAAGGGAAGCUUUGAAACGAUCCACGUUCAGGAUGCGACCGGGCACGAGUUUGCAACCCGGCUGUGCAAUGUGUUCACAGUUGGUAAGGGGACAAAGCCAUGGGUGUCUCUACCCAAGGGAAAGGGUAUCAAACUAUCCAUCAUCGAAGAAGCCAGGAAGAGGCUGGCAAGCCAAGCUGCAGUUACCGCUUAAGAGGUAGGUAGUGUAGUGUAGUGUGUAGCCAUAUGAUGAUGAAACGUGGGGUUUUGCUCUUGUUAUUGGGCUUUAGUUGAUAGAUGUCAUCCCCAAAAGGGCUCAUACUUUGUUGUUUCUACUGGAAUUGUGUGAGGCUACUAGUAGCCAUUCCAAAACUCUUUGCUACAAUGGACUUGUCUUUUAGAAGUUGUCACCUGUCUUUCUGUC